AUGUCGAAAAGUUUGAGUCGGGAGGCGUUGAUCAGUAUUUUUGGGAAGAAGAAGGAGACAGGCCAAAACGUUCCAUCGACGUCUUCAAAGCCUGAUGGUAGACUUUUGAUGAAUAUAAGGUGUUCAAGAAUCCUAAAUAGAUUAUUCAAAAGGGCAGGGGCAAUUAUUCGUUGAAAAUUAGAAACGAGUGCUGUUUUCAGUGAUUUUUAGGCAUUUUACGAAUUUAAACUUCACGGCAAGGAUUUUUGAAUAUCUCUGUGACUUAUUUCUCCCAUAAAAUCUUUAUUUUCAAAGUUGAGUCAAGAAAAUUAUCAAGAGAACAAGAAUUGAGAGAAAUUUGCCACAAAACGCUUUUUUAUCAAAUAUUUGCAUUUCUCUUUUUUCCAGAAAAUGACGACUACAAGAAGUCGAAUGGAUCUUUGGUGAUGAAAAUAUUACAAUUAAAGGUGGACAUUGAUUGCUUCUUAUAUUUUAAUGCGUUUUUUACAGAAUGAAAAUGCUCAAAAUCGAAAAACAAUGGAUAAAUUACGAGCGGAAAAUGAGGAGUUGAGAGAAAUGUGUGUGUUUCAAUACGUUUUGAAGUUUUCUGAAUUUUAUUAUGUUCAGAAAUCGUUCGCUAUCCGCGGCUAAUGAGGAGGAACGCAUUGAAAUGAUUGUGGCGCAGAGAGUCAAGGUUUUUUUUUUAAUGCUGAGAUAGGUUUAAUUUUUGAUGUUUAGACGAAAAUGGCGCAUUUAAAUGCGAUGAAUCAACGGACAAUUUCCUUUUUGCAAUCAAUGACUAGUGAUUAUCAGGAUGCUAUGAAGGAUUUUAAGUGAGCAAUUAAUUUUUUGAUCCAGUAAAAGAAUUUUUUUCAGAGAAUUGGAAGGUAUUACCGUCCAACCGGCAAAACCUUCACGUGUUAGAAGUCAAUUGGCUGUUCCGACUUCACUUUCUUCAGGUUUUUUGGUUUUAUUUAUAAAGUUAGAUGUAAUUUUUUGUUUGAAUUAGAUGAUUUUUCUUAGAAAUAAGUUUUCUUCAGUGUUAAGUUUACAUUAAAUUGAAUGCUUUUUUAAUCAGAAAUUUCUAGGUUUUGUUGAAAAAAGCUUUUUUUCGUUUUUAAUGUUUUAUUUAUGAAGUUUGAUGUCAUUUUUCGAAUUAAAAGAUAUCUUUUAACAAUUCCUUCAGGGUUCACGAAAAAAAUUCAUUUUGUAUUAGAAAUUUUUUUUAUUUUUUUCGUUGAAUAUUGCAAUUUUCCGUUUUUUUAACAUUAUAAGUGUCAGUGUUCCUAUUAUCCUUCCUGUAACUGAGGAAUAAAGUUUUGUAAAACAUUAUUUUGAAGUUUUUUUCGUCCCAAAAAUUGAUAUACGACGACAGUUUUGAAGUGAGCAAUUUCUUUUUUUGAAAUUUUUUUCAUUUAUCUGCCUUUUUUUCAAUUCCUUUUCUGUACAAAUUUACCUAUAAUUUCAAGUGAUCAUCUAUAAAUACUACUGGCAUCUUGAUUUUCUCUGCAAAUCUUCACUUUGAAUCCAUUUUUUGUUUUUUUUUUUCGGACAAAUUUACCUAUAAUUUCAAUUGACAACCUGUAGAGUCUUCUGUGAUUCUUAUUUUCUUAACUAACCUUUAUUUUCAAUCUUUUUUUCAUGAAUUUGAACAAAUUGAUCUAUAAUUUCAGUGGACGAAGCACCAUUAGUGCCUUUGAAAAGAGUUCCCCUGAAAAUCCUGCCGCUAGAAAAUGAAGUUCGAAGUUUGGUCGAAGAGCAAGAUGAUGACGUCACCCCGACGGUUUGAAAAGCUUCCUAUGAAAAAAUGAAAAUUUUUUUAGGUCAGUCCCGUGAAACGUGACGCCGCGGUCACACAAAGGAGAAAACCGAGGAGUUCGGGGAAAAAAUGUUGGUUUUUGGAACAAUUUUCUGUAGAAUAUUUUUCUUUAAUGUCUUUUUGGUACCAUUUUUAUUUCCUCGAAAAUUUCCCUAAAUUCCAUAUUUUUAAAAUCUUUAAACUGAACUCAAAACAAACUUUCCACGGCGUUUUUUUAUCCUACUUUUUCCGUAAAGUGUAGUGUGUCGUGUGCAUGCACUGCGGCGCUUUCGCACAUACACUGUUCAAAGUUAGUUUUCGCGAAAUUCAAAAUCAUCUCCGGAGUUUCAGUUAUAUUUUUCACUCUCUAGCGGCUUUUUUUUUUUAAAUUACGCGCAAUUUUUUUGAACAGGGCAUGUGCUUUAAAAAUACAUGAAAAAGAAAAAUUGCGUUCUUUUUAAAUGAGAAAUCGAUUCGUCUCAUGACCCAUUGAACAUGCGCCUUUAAUAUUACCUGUUGUUCCCAUGACGUCACAUGGGAACUGCGCAUGUUUUGAUUCCGCCCUCUUCAUUUUUGGUUUCGCAUUUUCUUCCAAUAGCACAAACGCCACUGUCAAAAUUUAUUUCUACCGUUUUUUUUUAGAAUUUUCGCAACGCAUUCCCUCCGGAGUCGAUUCAGUUUUUCACUUGCAAAUUUAUGAUUUAAAAAAUCUGCAAACUUUCUUUCAAGUUAUUUUUUUAAAUUUGUGUUCUCAUCAUUAUUUUCUUCAGCCGAAACCCCGCCGAAAACGGUCCGCCGAGGUGUCAAAUCCGACUCGGCGGCCUUGAAGGUGAUCAGCAACAACAACGCCUUGGAAACGCCACAGCGUCAUCCUGCACGAGUCCAGAAGAAUCGGAGCGAUUCUGAAGGCUUCGUCGUACCUGCCACGCCGACGGCCCCGGCUGAUUUCGAUGGCGAUUCUCAGACGGUUGGUUUCAGGGGGAAAUAUGGAUUGAUUCAUGUGAUUUUUACUGUUUCAAUAGUCUGUUCAGAUUUUGAGAAUUAUGCAAAAUUACUUCAUUCAAAAAACUCUGUGAAUACCUCGCUCUCUGAUUUUUUUUUUUUAGUAAGUGCGCGCCUCGGAUAAAAUGAUGUCACAAAUUUCACUGAGUAUUCAACGUUAAUAACUUGUUUUUUUCGAUUGCCUUUGGCUUUCAAUUUUUGCGCCAAAUUUUUGCCGUCUCCUCACCCCGUUCGGAAACGCCGUGAACUUGCGAUUUCAAAUUACGUUGAACGAAAUAUUAAUAAAAAAAAAGCUAAAAAUAUGCUUAUUUUUCAGAAAACGCUUUCCGUAAAUCUUGAGAGAUAUCUGGAGGGUGGGCCUUGUAAUCCAAAAAUUUGGGCUCCGAACAGAUCAAAAACUACCGUAGUCGUACGGUUUACGGCGCCUGAUUUUUUUCUCUGCAUUCUCUUUCACUUCCCGUCUUUGAGAAUUUAUACAAAAAUUCGUCAGGUUCGACGGAAACGCGCUGCCGCGGCUAAGGUGACGUCAAUGGCCGAGCCGAAACUCAGCGGAAAACUUCGGCGCCCCGGAAAAUACGACGAGCCCGUCCCGUUCAUCAGCAACUACCUUUACUGA